GCGACCCGGGAAACCAACCUGGUCCGCUGGCGGCAGCAACCGACCGAAGCCAGGGCACGCGCCGAGGCGGGGUGGCAGGGUAGGCCCGUUUGGCCAUGUGGUGUGGCGCGCGUUCGCGUAUUAGCAUGGUCCGUGUGGCGGCGCAACCAGUCAGAAGCAGCAACGAACAAACCAGAGCCGCUGGACACCCAUGCGCAGAAGCCGGCCCCGGUGUGA